CUGAAAUAAAUGAAAGUGGAAGUAAAGGGAGCGAUUUGAUUGGCUUUGGGGCAAAAACUCUGCCAAGUGGAAUAGCAACAUAUCAAAAUAAGUCUGCCAAUGAGCAUCCAUACAACCUCCCCACUGUGAACCAUGGUCUAUUCGGAGCUGACGCAUCUACCACAUCACCUGUACUCAGCCAAUCAGAUAGCUUACAACAAAAUGGCUGCAAUAUUCUGCAGAUGUCACCCGACCUACGAGAAGUAACCUUGAAGAGUUGCACACCAUCUCCAUCUAUUGGAAGUCUCACAUCAUCACCAACUCCAUCUUUUGAGCAAAUUAGUAACCCAAGUAGUCCAGAGACAGAUAUAAAUGAUAUUGACGCAGUUCUCAUAUCUC